CGCUCGUUCGUUCGUUCGCUCGCUCGCUGUCUCAUUUUCUUUCUCAUUCACCCUCGCUGUUGUUUUUUAUCUAUCAUCGUUUGAGCUUUUACAUUGGUGAUUCCACCGACGAGUUUUAUCGAGCGUCACACAGCCUCUUCCCGAAUCUUCGACGACAAGAGAAACCACGAAGAUACGUAGAAAACGAAAGACAAGAUGCCAGCAGCCGGUGCAGCAGUACCGGACGUGGCCGAAGGUGCCGGACAAUUAGGCGAAUUGGACGAACCACCUGAACCUCGUGUACGUGGGCCAAGUAGUCGAGCUGGAUUGAUGAAGCCAUUGGUUGUCCUUGCGCUUCCUGGGAUGUAUCUUUUUUAUAAGUACAGUCAAUACAGACGAGAACAACGCGAGCUUUCACGUAGAAGAGUCACCGAGAGAGAACUUCAACAUCUUCAUCAUAAAAUCGAUAAAUUGUUAACGAAGUUGGAGGAAAACGAACCGGAAUUGGCCUCUUCGCAGGAGGACGAAUGCGUAAUAUGCGUGAACGCGAGAGCUACGAUGCAAACGGCACCGUGCGGACAUCGUGUAGUUUGCAGACGUUGCUUUGUCAAAACGAUUCAGAUGGCUGUGUCGCAACGUCUCUUACCGUUGAGAUGUGUCAUAUGCAGAGCAAAAAUUCUUCGAUUGAAGCAAACUCUUAUUCCACGAGAUUACUCGAUGUCUGGAAAAUCAUGGGUCUUACCUCAAAGCGCAUCGGAGUACAACAUGGGAAUCGGUGUAAGCGUUGGAGUUUCUGGACCAGGAGGGAGAUGGGGAACAGGAAGUGUACCAGCUUCUGCUUCUCUUUAUUCCAUGGCCAGUGGUUCGUCAUCUAUUUCCGGAGUGUCUUCCGUGUCUUCGGCAACAUCGUCGUCUGCUAGUAGUACCGGAAGUACCGGUUCCACCUUAGGUAAACCAACGAGAGUGAGACAACCAAGCGGUGCGACACUCAGACGUUCUCAAACUCAAUCGAUGAAACUGCGUAUUCAAGAAUACCAGGAUCCAAUUCAGCAAGUGGCUGAUGAAGAAGACGUCAUGAGAGAAAAUCGUAGAUUACCGCCUAUCAAAGAAUUCCAGAGAGAUUAUCGUGCUGGAAAGGCCUCAACUAGAAUACGAUGUGCUCAGAAGAUUGUGACGCAAUUGGAAACAACACCGAGUACAAGAGUUACGUCGAACAACGUUCCGACAACGGUGACAACAACGACCACGUCGUCAUCCUCGUCGUCGUCGUCGUCAUCCUCGUCGUCAUCGUCGUCAUCGUCGACGAACGGAUCGAACGGAACAACGAACGUUACGAACGGUACGAACGGUACGAAUGGACGUUCGACGUCGAAAAGGCCACCAGUCCAGCCGAAAAUUUCGGUUGUACAGGAGAUACAAAAAUUGAAGAAAGAAAAGGAACGCGAGAAGGAAAGGGAAAAAGCGGAAAAGGCCAGACAGAAGGAGGAAGAAAAAGCUGAGAAGAAUAGGCAAAAGGAAGCCAAAAAAUUGGCCAAGGAAGAAAAGAAACGUGCGAAAAAGGAAGCGAAAGCGAGACGGAAGGAAGCUGAGGAAGCCCUUUUGAGGGACGACAAGUAGAAUUGAUCUUUAGAUUAGAUCAUCGAUGAUUAAGAUAGUUGACACGUGACAUUGGGUCACGUGUGAAAAGGACUUUUCAAGGAAUUGGUGCAUUGUACCUGAUGAGUCACAGAUUGAUCCUUCUUUUUUAUAUAUUCACAUUUAUAAAAACGGGAUUUACAAUGAGAGAUAGAAAUAUCUAAUACAAAUCGGAUGUGAACCGUUGAUAUAAACAAAAAAAUUAUUAUUAUUAUUAUUAUCGAAAAAUUCAGAAGAAAAAUGUAAAUGAAUAUUAAAGUAAAAUGAAGGCAAAAAAAAAAGAAAGGAUUGUUAAAAGGAUUCGUCGAGGAUUCUGUGACUCAGCUCGAACAGAUGAUUAAGGGAUGUUAAAUGUGUUGGAACAGGGGGAUGUGCCGUCAAAAAGUUGAUGCAUAUAUGCUGAUACACCGGAGAAGUUAAAAAUGUAUGAGAGACAAAUAUUAGUAAAACUUAUAAGAAGGAAAAAAAGAAUGAAGAAAA